CGCGCUUCUGCUCCCCGCGUCCCCUUCUCCCUUGCAGGUGGCAUGGAGACCCCCCUGGAGAAAGCCCUGGCCACCCUGGUCCUCACCUUCCACAAGUACUCGGGGAAAGAGGGUGACAAGUUCACCUUGAGCCGGGGGGAGCUGAAGGCACUGGUGAAGAAUGAGCUGGGGCUGGGCCAGAAAAUGAAGGAGCACAACAUUGACGAGCUGAUGAAGACUCUGGACAAGAACAGCGAUGACGAGAUCGACUUCAAGGAGUACUCGGCUUUCUUGUCUGCCCUGUGCAUGGCUUACAACGACUUCUUCCAGCAGGAUGGCAAGUAGCAGAGCCCCCCACGCCCAGGUCCCUUGGCCUGGGCUGCAGCGCAGCUGCCUUCAAUAAAGAGCUUUCCGCCUGCUGCUCGCCUGAGGUUGUUUUUUCCACUCUGGUUCCUUUCCAGCCUGGUUCUGGCUCCGAGCCAUGGGGAGGGACACAGAGGAAACCCCCGUGCAGGGGAGGGGCAGAUAGAGCAGGGGGUGAUGCCCCUGCCCCACAUGAGAGGAUGCAUGGGGGGGCAAGUGAGACAGCCCCUGCAAAGACUCCUGGGGCCCUGCUGCUACAGGUGGGGCAGGGGCUCUGUGGCAGCACUAGCUUGUGGCCUGGGAAGGGUGUCACCAUGGGGACCCACCUCUGCCCUGCCCCAGAGCCCAGUUGGCACGGGGCCGGUGUGUGGUGGGGGGCUGGGUGCGGUGGGGCAG